AUGUCCUCACGACUCAUUCUCAAGUCCUCAUUAGGACUAGGCUCACUAGGCAUUGCAUCCUACUUCUGGUCUAGUGGGUCCUCCAACACUACUAGUACACCCUCUUCUUCCUCCUCCUCCUCUUCCUCCUCCUCCUCCACAAAUCUCCCAUCAUUUCCAUCGAGCCCUUCAUCGGGAAACUCCCAAGUAUUUGAUCCUAGCACAAUAAACCCACAGGCAUUCUUCAAAUAUGGGUUCCCCGGUCCUGUACACGAUUUAUCGCCACACCUGGAGUUUGUUAGUUGUUACGACAGAUCAAAACGUAAUCCAUACUGGGUGAUUGAACACAUCACCAAGGAAUCACUUACACGUACUUCAGAUACCGGCGAUCGUAAAAAAUCCAUUUUCAAAGAAGACGAGACCAUCCCGGUAAAGUUCCGUGCCAAGUUGCGUGAUUUCUUUAGAUCAGGAUAUGACCGUGGACACCAGGCACCUGCAGCAGAUGCCAAGUUUAAUCAAGUGGCUAUGGAUGAGACAUUUUUGUUAACCAAUAUGGCACCACAAGUGGGCGACGGUUUCAAUAGAGAUUAUUGGAGUCAUUUCGAAGAUUUUGUACGAAGAUUGACCCAGAAGUACGACGAUGUACGAGUCAUGACAGGUCCACUUUAUUUACCGAAAUUGAUGCCCGAUGGUAAGUACCGUGUUAGUUAUGAGGUGAUUGGCUCGCCACCAAACAUUGCUGUACCAACACAUUUCUUCAAACUCGUUGUUGGCGAACAAAGGAACCAACCAGGUAACUUGAGUUGCGCUGCAUUCGUGAUGCCCAAUGAUGUGAUUGAUAAUGCAACGCCACUAACACAAUUCCAAGUACCGUUGGAGGCAUUGGAGAGAUCGAGUGGAUUGGAAUUGUUGCAAAAAGUCCCAUACUACAACAAAAAGGACUUGUGUAAAGAAGUCAAGUGUGAGAUUAUCGUUAGAGAGUUCCCAAAGCAAAUGGACAAGGUAAUGGCACUCCCAGGUAAAUAG